GCCAAGCUAAUAUUUGAAGGCGUAUAAAUAAAUGCAUUCUCAUCAAUUCACCAACCCCUAAAAUUAAAUAAAUCACAGCUAAUCUCUCUGUUUUUUUGUCUCCCUCGUAAAUCAUAAUACAAUACAAUACUUUGCUUCCUACCAACAGCCUAUUAACACAUACAUUCACAAAAAUGAUGAAAACUCUACUUGUUUCUCUUUUUCUAAUUUCAUCAGUAACUACAUCUUCUUCUUCUGUUAGUGACAUUGUCCGCUCUUCGUGCGUGCACGCCAGCUAUCCCACAAUUUGCAUCAGAACACUCUCUUCAUACUCGGACUCACCCAUUAACACCCCGCAGGAUUUAGCUCAAGCCGCGGUGAAAAUUACCCUUUCUCGAGCACGUAAAGCGUCGGGGUUCCUGUCUCGGGUGAAAGUGGAAAGCAAAAGAGAGAAAGGGGCAUUGAGUGAUUGUAUCGAACAGAUGGGUGACUCGAUGGAGGAGCUGAGGAAGAGUUUGUCAGAACUUAAACAUGUACGCAGGGGAAAUGCAUUUAAGUGGCAAAUGAGCAAUUUGGAGACGUGGGUAAGUGCUGCUUUGACAAACGAAGAUACAUGUCUUGAUGGAUUCAACGAAAUUGAUGGCAAAAUCAGGUCUGAUGUGAAACGAAAGAUUACUAAUGUUGCUAGAGUUACUAGUAAUGCACUUUACCUUAUCAAUCGACUUGAUGAUUCUCCAAACAAAAUUACUCAUCCUUGAUCAGUAUUUCGGUUAAUUAACAUUACCACGAGAAACAAUCGUGGGGGACAUAGCGAGAGCUUAAUGUAUUUGGUUGUUCUUUCUUUCUUUUACGGUGGUAACUAUGUAUUUUAUAUGUUAGAAACCAGUAUUAUUAAUGGUGCAAUAUUUAUAAGGUAAGAAUUGCGUAAAUUCCAA